CGGAUGUUUGAUGCAGUUGCACACUAAUAUCUGUCGUAAUUUCCUGCGGUGAAGUGUGAAGUGUUUGAUUUUAUUAGCUUUAAAAAUGAGUUUAUUUUUACCAAAGUUGUCAUGUAAAAAAGACAUAGAUGAAGUAAUUAAAAGCGUAGCAGAAAAAGUGUUAGUUUUAAGAUUUGGAAGAGACGAAGACUCCGUUUGUCUCCAGCUCGAUGAAAUACUGUCAAAAACUGCCCAUGAUCUCAGCAAUAUGGCAUCUAUCUACAUUGUUGAUGUGGAUAAAGCUCCUAUCUACACCCGAUACUUUGACAUCAGUUACAUACCCUCCACUGUGUUCUUUUUCAACGGGCAGCACAUGAAAGUGGAUUAUGGAUCACCAGAUCACACAAAGUUUGUUGGCAGCUUCAAGACCAAACAAGACUUCAUGGACCUGAUUGAGGUCAUUUAUAGGGGAGCCAUGCGGGGGAAGAUGAUUGUCCAGAGUCCCAUAGAUCCUCAAAAUAUUCCCAAAUAUGAUCUCCUUUAUCAUGGAAUUUAGGUGGAACAACUAUCCUGUGUGACUGUAGAUACAUUAUGGACUGUUACAGAGGGACAUCUACCACCACUCUUUGAGUGACAAAACAAAUAACUGAUGGAAGUGUCCACAUGUCAUUUCCGCAGAACAUUGUUCAGACAAGGUUCCUGAAAAUAGUGUUGUGUGCAGUGAUGUGCUGGCAGAACUGUAAAGAUACAAGAAUGAAAAUGUCUAUAAAAACAAACUUCAUUAUAGAACUUUCAGUUAUUUAAUUAUUUUCUGGGCUUUAAAUGUUGAACUGCUUUCUCCAAAUAUGUUGCGCUACUGGUCUUGUUAAAAUUUCCAUUUUUUUUCUCAUUAUGUAAUAUAAAGAUGAUUUAGGUUCUUGUCUGCAGUAUGUUUUUUUUAAACUUAAAUUAUUCAGUAUGUUGUUAGUUAAUUCUCAAUC